AUGGCUAUGGUGGUGUGUUUUGCCGCACAAAAUCUAAAACAUAAAGCUCGGAAAAACUAUAAAUUGAAAGCAGGGUAUAUUUCUGAAGAGAUAGGUACGGCAAGCUAUGCACAGUGUCUAGCCUAUUGCUCAACGCGGCAAGGAUGUAUAUCAGCAUCUUACAAAUCCCCGUCAGAAAACUGUCUAUUGUCAGAAUAUGAUACAAUUGAUGAUCACUGGGUAAGUCCAGGCGUACCUCGAGGGUUAGAAUAUGCAGCCGGAUGGACUACAAUGACACGGAUUAGAUACCCAGUUUUCCACGUACUUGGUCAUUAUCAGCGAUAUUCAAUGACAUUUGCUCAAGCCCAGCAGCAGUGCAUUGAUUAUGGAACGACGAUUGCGACACCUUCUGAUUUACUGGAGGCAAGGUCUAUGGGAUAUGAAUAUUGUUGUUGUUGCUGGAUGUCAGACGAGACCAAGGGAUUUGUAUUACAGACUUAUAACCCCCACUGCUUUAGCUCAUUUAACGAAGGGAUUUUAUAUUGUGGCUGGGGUACAGGUGAUGUGUGGUGUAAACUGAAAUAACAAGCAGCCGAUAGCCUAUUCUGCGUGUGUGGUGAACCGUAUUCAUGAAAGGGCAAUGUCAAAUACGCAGGCAAAUGCUAUUACUAUGUUUGAUUAUACAUCACGCUACUUGGAUGAUAUUCUUAAUAAGGAUAAUCCGUUUGUUGCUCAGUAAGCGAUAAUGUUUAUUCUUGGGAGUUACAGUUUAAUAAAUUAACCGUUUUGAAUUUACAUCUCUCUAAUUUGUAAUAAAUGUACAAUUGUUUCCAAAAAUGUUUAAAGAAAGACUCAUUGAUUUUUACAUGCAAGAGUGGCAUGCAACUGGUGAAAAUAGUGCCGUUUAAAAAUAAUUUAACAAACACACUCGAAUAUGACUGUUAGAUUAAUUAUCUAAAAGUUACAGAUUUUUGUGUCACGAAUAAUAAGAGCCG